AUGGCCAAUAUCCAGUACCCCUCUCUCUCUGAAUCCAAUGCGAAUAAACCAAUCUUACCCCGUACCUUGCGCAGGCGCGAAGCCGGCUGGGAUUCGACUAUGUUCUCUACCAACCUUGUCGUGUUCCACGUCCCGAGCGACGGCGCUGCCCAUUGGACGCAUGUCAACGUCGUCCAUUUCAACGUAGACGACGGAAAGACCAUGGUCCUUUGGCGCCAGUUCUGGGAAGACAGAGCUCGCACGGCCUACGUAACUUUGCCGAACGGGCGCAAGUACCUCGUUCUGGUGCCAUACAAUCGCGACGGUUAUCAGUUUUCUACUGCCGUCGAAGAAAAACUCGGCUUUAGAUGGCGCGGGGAGAUGCUGGUCUUCGCUUGCAGUAUGUCCACAGGCCUUCUUGUCAAUAUGCGAACGUGGCAGGAUGACAAGGUCCGCGCAUGGUCGGUUGUCAGUCGGUACAUAACCGGUGAUGUGGACAGGGAAGGAAGCGGAUCGGACUCUGACUCUGACGCGGAAUCGACCGGUUACACCGAUUUGCCGGGUCUCGUUCCCAUUUCCGACGAGGAGAUGUCCGAUGUCGAUGAUGUGUCCGACGUCGACGAGGAGGGAUCUUAA